AUGUCCUACAGUGCUAUAGAUCGCCAGACAUUCGAGCUUCAGAUGGGUGUUGGAGACCAGGCGUCGGUGGACGGAUGGCUCGAGGCCGAGUCUCUGGGCGACGACCGAAUCCUCUCCCGAUCGCCCACAAUCAGGACGAGGAUCGCAGCUACUCUGCAUCGAAUGCGAAAAUGGAGAUCUGGGGUCCUUUGCGUUGCCCUCCUCACAGGCCUCAUCGCCUUGACGCUGGUGACUGUAUUUGUCGGCGGCAGGUACAGCAUGCGAUCGGCACGCGAGGAGGUCCCCAAUGAUCGCCCUGCGGUCACUCCAAAGAAGUCGUCCGCCCCAGAAGGCUCCAUCACGGGCGACUUCUCCGCGCGGCACGACUACCGGGGCCACCCACGUGCCGUGUCAGCGCGCCGGGGUGUAGUGGCCGCGGACCACGGGCGCUGCUCCGACAUGGGCGUGGACACCCUGAGGAGGGGUGGGAACGCUGUGGACGCGGCAGUCACCACCACGCUGUGCCAGGGCGUGAUGAACCCCGCUGCCAGUGGCCUGGGGGACCGCCCCGAUGCCGCCAUCACCGGGGGUCUGGCUGUCGCGGUGCCCAUGGAGCUCCAGGGCCUGCACAGCGUGCACAGUAGGCACGGGGCGCUGCCCUGGUCAGACGUGGUGGCCCCCGUCGUCCCCGUGGCCGCCAAGGGCUUCCCCGCCCACCCCUACCUGGUGGCGGCGCUGGGGAACGUGAACCAGAGCGCGGUGCUGGGCGCCUUCCCCGCCUUCCGGGACGCUUUCUUCGUGCGCGAGGGCGGCGGCUGGCGGGCCCCGAGGGUGAACGAGACGUGCUGCGCGCGUCCCGCCCUGGCGCGGCUGCUGGAAAGAGUGGCAAAGGAGGGGCCGGGCGUGAUGUAUGGGGGCGAGACGGCGGCGGGACUGGUGCUGGAGAUCGCGGGGGAGGGCGGCGUCGUGAGCGAGGCUGACCUGGCCGGCGCGCAGGCCACGCUGUCGGUGCCCAGUCGGGAGCGGGUGCUGGGGCUGGAGUUUUGGACCCCGGGGCCCCCGACCUCCGCGCUGACCAUCACCAGCGCCCUCCGCAUCCUGGCAGGGUACGACCUGCCCCUGGCGGGCUCCGGAGCCCUGGGCAUGCACCGCACCGUUGAGAGCAUGAAGCAUGCCUUUGCGGCGCGCAUGAGCCUCGGGGACCCCGGCCCAGGGUCAAAGUUCCUGGACGUGGAUCCCGUCCUGCAGGACCUUCGCUCCCCUUCAUAUGCGGACGCCCUCAGGCGAGUGCCUGGGGCGUGA